ACUUCAGUCUCCAGAGCUGGGAAGAUGAUUUGUGGAGGCUUUGCUUGCUCCAAGAAUGCGCUGUGCGCCCUCAACGUAGUCUACAUGCUGGUGGGAUUAUUGCUCAUUGGAGUGGCUGCUUGGGGGAAGGGCCUUGGUCUGGUGUCCAGCAUCCACAUCAUUGGAGGAGUCAUUGCUGUGGGAGUCUUCCUCCUCCUUAUCGCAGUAGCUGGGCUGGUUGGUGCUGUUAACCACCACCAAGUUCUGCUCUUUUUUUACAUGAUCAUCCUUGGUUUUGUCUUAGUCUUCCAGUUUGGAAUUUCUUGCUCAUGCCUGGCUAUUAACAGAAGCAAACAGACAGAUCUCAUCAAUGCUUCUUGGUGGGUCAUGAGCAACACAACCCGGGAUGAACUGGAAAGAAGUCUUGAUUGUUGUGGCUUGUUCAACCUC